AUGGACAAGACAAACGAUGGCGGAAAAUCUGGCAACGCGGCACAAACCGGUGGCAAUGGAUCUGGUACGGGUAAUAUGGUGGCCCCGGGGACAGGAGGUGUAGUUCAUAUACCUCGAGGGGCUUUCGAGCAAAACACCAAGUCUUAUUUUGACAACCUUCAUGCUAAGGACAAGGCAACUAAGUGA